UAGAGGAAAGCAGCUCCAGCAGCGUCGCCGCGUCAGUUGAUCAGUAAACCGUGAAAACCCCGUUAAACCACCGACAGCCCGCGUCCCUCUCCGGCGUUACCGAACCGUGUAAGUUGUGAAUGAUGAAUAUUCAUCCGUUGUUUACUCUUUAAAGCUUCUCCUGCAUCGCUGAUAAUGCUGAAGAUGAAACUACCGAUGAAAACGGGCGAGGAAGGGGAGGGCGAGGAAGGGGAGGACGAGGCGGCCGAGGACGAUUCAUUGGAUCGGUCGGCGCAGCAGCGGAUCCCCGGGGCGGCGUCUCCCACCUCGGUGUCCCCCGGGCUGGAGGAGUCCUCGUCCCCGACCCCGCUAGACAAGGAGACCGUCUUCGAGUGGUUCGGCCUACAUUUAAACCCAGCCAAGCGUGUCGAGUUCAUGUGCGGGCUCCUCCAUAUGUGCCAACCCCUGGAGCUCCGCUUUUUGGGAUCUUAUCUGGAGGACCUGGCCCGGAAAGAUUACCAUGUUUUACGGGACUUCGAGUUUCGGGCCAACAGCCCGGGCGACCUGGGCGUUUUGACGGACGUGGUAGACCCGGUGGUUCGCUCCAAACUCCUGGUCUGCCUGUCCCUCCUCGGGUCCGACAGCAGGGAAUGUGCUGGAAUACUCUUUGGGAUUCUGAGCCGUGUCGACCCGGCCCUGUUCUGCAAACACUAUGACUACUCCCUCCUUCCGUCCAGGGGUCCCCACCAGCACCACCCGGUCCACCCGCCCUGUGGCUUUUCCGCGAACGAGACGGCGGCGGGACCCCUGGAGCAGUUGGCGCUGCUCUUCACCAUGGCCUCCCUGCACCCGGCUUUCCAUUUCCACCAGCGGGAGACCGUCCGGGGCCAGCUGGACAAAAUCGAGCUGGCUAUAGAGGAGAGACGCCGGAGUCAGCUCCGGAUAAACGCCCAGACAACGGAGCUCACAGGUCAGAAAGUGGAUUUCCUGCCUCCCCCAGCGCUGGGUUUGGGAGAGUGUACCGCUUCACAUCCUCCGUGUCAGAGCCGACGCUCCAGCCGCUGGGUGACACAAAGAGAAGCAGUGCAUAUAGAGGGGAUUGUGCUCAGGGGCAUCUCUCGGUCCAGAAUAGACAAGGAAUACAACUUUGAGGUGAAGUGGUCAGACUCUUCUUCUACCAGUGUGACCAAAACCCACCAGGAACUGGAAAACUUCCUUCUUAAGCUUCCUAAGGAUCAAUGCACUGAGUCUUUUGAGAAGAGCAUCCUGAGGCUUCUAAACCAGGGAGACCAGUACGAGAGCAGAGAGGUGGAGAAGAACCUCAGGGAAAAGUUCCUGUCUGCUCCUCCAGUCUUCAGACAAACCAGAAAAGUCUGCCGCUUCUUCAACUGUGACUCCACUUACUCUGCUAAACCCACUUCUUGCAGAUGCAACUGCCAGCUGGGCAAAGUCUACCAAGGAGAUUGCUCCGAUGCCUCCAGUCAGGAAGAAGAUUUAGAGUCAUAUGUUCAGGGACACAAGAAAAAGCAUGGGACCAAGAGCCCAAGUCAAGGUCUCUCUAGUGCCAAAGCCUCUCAGGGAGACAGUUGGAGGGGGGGGCACACUUCAGAGGUCAAUGGUCCUGCUGAGAGGAGGAAGAAGAGCUGUGCACCGAGGAGCAGUCAGGAGGCGGAGCAGGUGAAGCACCAGGACACUGAGAAGAGAAGCUACCCAGUCACUAAAACCAAGAGCAGAGUCCUGCCCUCUGACAGGGACAAGGUGAAGGGGAAAGGAGCUCCCUUUGUGACCAAUGGCAGUUUGGUGCCAGCUCUGUCGCCUCAGAGGAAAGAUGGGGGUUCUGGUCCAGAUUUAUUUGGAGAAACAUCAUCAGAAAGCUACAGCUCACCAUCCAGCCCUCAACACAGAGGGCCAGAGAGCCUCGACAGUGAGGAUGACAACAACAAAGACACAGACAGUCACUCUGAUGACUCCAGUAAAGGUCCUGGUUCUGACAUGUUCUUCACACACCAGACUGUUCCAGCUGUGGUGGGGGACGUCUCCUCUGUCCAUUCUCUGUCUUCCAACAACCACCGGCCCCAGAUGGAUCCCCUGUGCACGGAGAGCAGCACCGAGUUUCCUCCUCUCUCCUUCAUGCAUUCUCUGCUACCUCCCAGCCAAAGCAUCGCCCCUGAUGGGAAGUCCUCAUCUGGGACAAUGAUGAUGCAGAUGCCCUUAGUGCCUCCAGCCAUUCCAGGCCCAGGAAUUGUGGGAGACCCAGAGAAGAGGGACGUGCUCCCAACCUUUGGGAUUCCACUGAUUGGCGUCCGACCUCAAGGAAGUCUGUCUGUGCAGCCUUUUGUUCAGAGGUUCAAAACCGUUCUGGGUGGAGCUAAUGGAGCGUCAGGAAGUGGUUCAUCUGUUGCCAUGCCACAGGCUUCACAUCAGGCCCCAGUCAGAGCCAUGAGUGUCAUGCCUCCUGGCCCCACGUCCUUCUCCUCUCCUCCUCAGCAGCCCUGCCAAGACCCGGCCAGUAUCAGCUCAGGUCUGGCCUCCUCUAUGCCACAGGUGGAGCCUUCACACGCCAAGCACCCUGGCUUAACUUUGCCAUCUGGCCUGCCUUCUCCAUACACCCUGCCCCCUAUCCCCUCUUCUGUGAUGCCUGCUGCAGGAGCACCUGCAGCCACUGGAGUGGCUCCAUCUUCUGGACAUGUACAAGCUGCUGUUCCCCCAGCUGUGCCCACCCACACCCCUGGACCCGCCCCCAGCCCCAGUCCAGCACUUACUCACAGCACAGCACACAGUGAAUGUACAUCCUACAGCAACAGUGGUUCUUCCUGUGGAAGUGCCGCCAUUGCCCCUGGCAUCCCUAUUACCCUUCAACAAACCCAGCAGCAACAAGUGACUCCCCAGCAGCUGACACCAACACCACAGCAGCAGCAGCAGCAGCAUCAGCAUCAGCAACAGCAACAACAACAACAGCUGCAGCAGCAGCAGCAGCAGCAACAACAUCAUCAACAACAUCAACAGCAACAGCAUCAACAACAUCAACAACACCAACAACAUCAACAGCAGCAGCAGCAGCAGCAACCGAUAGGCUGUGGUACGUGUGGUUGUCAUAACAACUGUGGCGGGCGAAACAGCAGCAGUGUCAGCGCCCCCCCCAGCUGCCAGGCCCCCUUAUUCUACCCCGCCCACCAAAUGGCAGCAGCAGCCGCCCGUCAGGUGUUCAGCGUUCCUCCACCUCUCUUCCAGCUAACAAGCCUGUGCAGUAACAGCUACCUCACUCAGGGUCAGCCUCCUCACCAGGCCAACGGUGCUGCCACCCUGUCACCCUUCUUCACCACUGCUCCACCUCCUGCACACCCGUCCCCCUACGGCCCCCUCCACACUCACUCCCACAGCCACGCAGACGUGCCAUCACAUAUGCUGGGCACCCAGGCCGCAGCCGUGGCGGUCGCCGCAGCCGCAACCUACAACCUCCAGCAGCAGAUGGCGCCGUCGGCAUCUUUCUGCCAGCGGGUCUACCAGCACAUGUACCCCAAUCCUCUGGGGAUGCUGCCCGCUGCAACUCUGGGAGGAGGCGGAGUCAAUAAGAAGAGCGGCAAUGUGUCCUGUUUUAACUGUGGAGUCAGUGGCCACUACGCUCAGGACUGCAACCAGCCCUCCAUAGACUCCACACAGCAAGGUGGCUUCCGGUUAAAGUACGCAGCCGCCCACAUUACAGAAGCAUUCGACAAUGCGGACUGAGGAAGAAGAAGAAAGACGAAGAGUUCCUCUGGUCUCGUUGCCACGGUGACAGUCUUCUGUUGUCCCCCCAGGCAGUGUGCGAGCGGUGCACUAAAGCAUCUGUGUACUUCAGGAAAAAAAAAAAUGCUCAACCUGCCAAGGGCUCGGUGGACAAAGUCUAAGUACUUGUGCCUGAGAACAUCUUGUUUCCGUGGAGAUGAUCCACUGUCUCAUGCGCACCAUCAGUGACUCCCAGUCCCUUCCCUUUCAGUUUGUUUUUGAUGUUUUUGCACUGAGGGUUGGAAACGAUUAACUUAUUACAUAAUUAUUAGAAAGUUUUGUUUUUACAUAAAAGUGGAGAGUAUUCUUGACUGAAAAAUUGAUAUUUUACACUUCUUUCUAAAAAAAAAUGUAUUUAUGCAGUUUUUCCUCAUUAUUACUGGUUACCUGGGAUUUUAUGCCAGACAGAAGUGUAUAGUAGUUUUCAAAGAUUAAAAAGAAGAAUCAAAAAAGUAAUGUAAGCAAAAUGGAUUUUAUGUUCGUUCUAAUUUUCAUUUUUGCUCAUGUUUUCUGAAUGUACACCUUCUCAUUUAAGGAAUCCGAGUGUAUGCAAAUGUAUGGAUCUCAUGCAUUUCUGUUACUUGAUCUGUGUUUGAUUAGAAGGUAAACUUGCUGCUUUGUGUUUAUUCUGUUUUAUUUUUUAUUAUUGUUUUACAUGGUGAAAUAGUGAAGCAGGAAAUUAAGUGCACUAAAACAGUUCUCACUGCAAACAUGUCAGGAUUUAUUCAUUUUUAAGAUGAAAAUCCACAUGAAGUAGCAAACUUGUCAGAAAGUACGGCAUUGUGAGGGUUUUGGUAUAAUGUAGUAUUACAGGUGUGAAACCUUCUUUUUCAACUGGUUAACACUUUAGAAGGAGAUCUGUGCUCUUAAUGAAGACGUACAGCCACUGUAGAAGAACUCGACGUCAUCAAUAGCACUUACUUGUAGAUCUUAAUCCUUUGGGUAGAUUCAUGCUCUCCUGAAGAUUAAGUCGUUCUGAUUGGACACUCAUUACCGGAGAGAACCACUACUUGGAGAACUCUAACCUCAGUUUGCUUUGUGUCCUAAGGCAAAAACCUGUUUCGACCCUUUUCGACUCAGAGGCAGAGUGAACAUCCUAUCGCCACGUCACUCAAACGCCCUAACCUCUCUACAAGAUCCUUUUUUUGCCUUAACUUCCACCAUCAUUCGAUCAAUAACUACUCUGCUCCCUUUAAUUCACAUUGGCUGUGUAAGUCAACUGAAUGACAGCUGUGUACAUCAUCUCAUCUUGCAAAGUUUUUCGGCACGAUUAUUUACGGCUGUAGGAAGCUAGCUUUGCUUCCCAUUCAUAAGAACAAGACUAUAACUGUUUGUUGAAUUGUGGCCACAUGUGACUUAACGUUAUGUUAAAUAUAAAGUAGAGUAAAGAAUCAUGAAGUCAGUGAACUGACCCUGUAAUUACACAGUUGCUGCAGGUCGUAAUAUAAACCAAUACUGUAGCAGCAGGUUCAGUCCUGUGUAAAAGUGAAUUUUAUUUCCUCUUAAAUCCUUUUUUUAACCAAUAGAUGAAGAAAGGGCUAUUUCGUUUUUUUCAGCAGUCACAUAUACUUGUUUUACUCCCACCUACUAAAUGGGAGGAGUCAUUGUGUGGUCUUGGUGGCCAGUGGUGGGAGAGACGCCACCGUGUUGAUCUGUAGAGAGUCCAACCGGACUGUGUGAUGGCUAAUGACACUAAAAGAAGAGUUAGGUGGUGCUGGGUGCAGCCUCUUAUGCUCUCCACAGAGGAUUUACAGCAUCCAGCUUUUAUUUUAUUAAUGUUUUUUAAUGUUGAACAAAUAUUUCAGCCGUUGCCUUCCAGAUGGAGCAGUGGGCACUUUGGUUUCAGGUUUGACUUGUAUAGCUUGAUUGUCGCUGAAUUCUCAUUGUUUCUUGCCCUUAACCUACGAACUGACAAACGGAGCAGAAUGUUAAGUGGGUUUAUUAUUAUUGGACGGUUUUAUUUCUAUGUCGGAUCGAGUCUGGAAGAUGUAAUAUUGAGACGCCUUGUUGGUUCUAAGUCCAUGUUGUGCUGCACACUGAAGAAGGAAAUAUCCAACUUUUUCUGCACCCUGUGAUUUCAUUUAUGGUUUUAAUUGCUGAUACAGUAUUUGACUUGAGAUCCCUGAAGCUGCUCGAGGAUAGAAUGGGAGAAACUGGAGCCCUAAAAUAUUCAAUAGUGCAUAAAUAGAUAAUACGUUCAACAAUAUUUUGUGAAAUAAUUCAUUAAAACUACUCAAACUCAA